GGAGAACAUUUCUGUCCAAACAAACAAAGCAGUUAACCUCUAACUAAUGUUUUUAUCUCUAUCAUUGGUUGCAGGAAGAAAUAACUUGAAAUUGAUUCUAGGAACAGCUGCUCUUGGAAUUGGAAUUUUAUUAAUUCUAUUGUUCUACAUCAUAAGGAAACUCUCACUAAGUGAAUCCAGAGUCUUUUGGAAGAAUAGAUCAGAGAGCUACCAAAAUGUUGAGAACAUUCUAAAGAAUUAUGAGUGUUUUUCUCCAAAAAGGUACACUUACUCCGACAUAAAGAAAAUGACCAAUUCCUUUAGAGUUAAACUUGGUCAAGGAGGCUUUGGCUGCGUCUUCAAAGGAACGCUAGAAAAUGGCGUCCUUGUGGCAGUGAAGGUUUUGAAAGGGCUGAAAGGUAGCGGAGAAGAAUUUAUUAAUGAGGUUGUGGCCAUUAGUAGGACUUCUCAUGUUAAUAUUGUAACUCUUCUGGGUUUUUGUUUUGAGGGUCGCAAUAGAGCUCUCAUAUAUGAGUUCAUGCCUAACGGAUCCCUUGAAAGAUUCAUAUAUGAUAGGAACUCAACUUUUCGUCAACUGGGGAGGGAAACAUUGUACCAAAUUGCAGUUGGCAUUUCUAGAGGGUUAGAGUACUUACACCGUGGUUGCAACAUGCGAAUUUUGCAUUUUGACAUAAAACCUCAUAAUGUUCUUUUGGAUGAGGACUUUUGCCCAAAGAUCUCUGAUUUCGGCCUUGCUAAAUUGUGCCCACAGAAAGAGAGUAUUAUCUCACUCUUAGGUACCAGAGGGACGGCUGGGUAUAUUGCCCCCGAAGUAUUUUGCAGAAGUUUUGGAGGGGUAUCACACAAGUCUGAUGUCUAUAGCUAUGGAAUGAUGAUUCUAGAAAUGGUUGGAGGAAGAAAGAAUAUCGAUGAUGGAGUUGAUCAGACUACUGAAUUAUGCUUUCCACAUUGGAUAUACAAGCGUCUUGAGCUAGAUGAAGAACUCAGACUACAAGGCAAUGUGAAUGAAGAAGCAAAUGAAAGUGCAAGGAAGAUGAUUAUAGUUGGCCUGUGGUGCAUACAAACUGAUCCGUCACACCGGCCAGCAAUGAGUAAAGUGGUAGAGAUGCUAGAAGGGAGCCCAGAGUCCUUGCAAAUACCACCUAAGCCUUUCUUGUCUUCUCCCUCAAGAUCACCAGCAGAGUCUUCAACUACACACUUCAUAACAAUGUGCGAUUGAGUGAGAAUCAGGUAAAAGUGUAUCGUUUAUGUGCUUUUCUGCAUACAUCACUCAAAAUUCAUUGAAUUUGUAAUGUUUGAACAAGAGAUUAUGAUCAGCUUUCAUCUGCAUCUAGUCUUUAUUUCAUAAGUGCUCGAGUGCUGAGUCACAUGAUACAAGCAUUAUAUUAUGUUGAACUUUAAUUGUAUUAUAGAGGCCUAAAGUAGU